AUCUAUAGAUACAGCCUAUAUAUAUAUACGCAGAAAUCACACACUCCUCUCUCUCUCUCUCCUGCUCUCGCUCUCUAGAACCCUCUGCAAGGAAGUAACCCGUAGCUCUGUUUGCCUCACACGAACACUCAUAAAAGACUCGCAAAAUGCCAUCUUAGGGUUCUAAAUUUCGAAUUCCCUAAGGGUUUAUUGAUGAGUUUUGCGAUGAAAUUGUUUGUUUCUUUUUACUCAAUCAUCACCUCUCUAGGUUUUCCGUGAGGGAGGAAGAUUUUGGUUGAGUUUGAAGUGUACAUAUUGCGGCCGUUGAUGGCUUCGUCUUCCGGUUCAACGAAGCUGUGCUUCAAUUCGACUUGUAAAGAGGCUCUGGAAGUCCCUAGACAAGGUUGGCUUUGCCGGACGGGAGACUUCGCUGACCUCUGCGAUCGAUGCUCUUCUGCUUUUAAAGAUGGAAAAUUCUGUAAUACAUACCACAUGAAUGCUUCUGGUUGGAGAUGUUGUGAGUCUUGUGGAAAGCAAAUUCAUUGUGGAUGCAUAGUGUCAUUCCACAUGUUCAUAUUGUUGGAUGCUGGAGGAAUUGAGUGUAUCAACUGUGCAAAAUCAGAAUACAUCUUGACACCAAAUCCUACAUGGCCAUCUUCUCCCCACUUCCUCAUGGGUCCCGCUGAAAGAAUUCGAGAUAUUUCUUCCAAAAAUUGGAGAUCAAUAGCAGGAUCAGGUCCUGUACCAUGGAAGGAACAAUUAACUUCAUGUUCAUUGACUAGAAGUAUAAUACAUGACCCUUCUGAAAGAUUAGUGAAUGACAGCUGGCAGAUUACCAGUGAUAGAGCCAAAGCCACUGGGGUACAGUAUGAUGGAAAACAUAAUUUGUUUCAAUCUUUCUUUUCAAAUGAACUUGCCACCCCUGUUUCUAGUUUACCAGCAACAUUCAUGGCACAAGAUCAAAAGAGCGAAAAAGGAAAAGCAUCUGGACAAUUUUGCCCUCCACCAUCAGUAGGGAAAUGUUGCUCCAGUAGUAAUAGUCCACCUGGCACAUCUCUUGAAAGUCAAACUUACAGUGGAAAGGGUCAUGGAGAAAAACGGGGUCGACAUCAGUUAAUUCCCCGGUAUUGGCCUCGGUUAACAGAUCAAGAACUACAACAGAUCUCUGGAGGGUCAAAUGCCAAAAUUACCCCUUUGUUUGAGAAAGUGUUAAGUGCUAGUGAUGCUGGAAGGAUAGGGCGAUUGGUGCUGCCAAAAAAAUGUGCAGAGGCUUAUCUUCCACCAAUUUCUCAGCCUGAAGGUUACCCCCUUGUAGUUCAAGAUCUGAAGGGAAAGGAUUGGGUGUUACAGUUUAGAUUCUGGCCUAAUAAUAAUAGUAGAAUGUAUGUUCUAGAAGGAGUCACUCCUUGUAUACAGUCCAUGCAGUUGCAAGCUGGUGAUACAGUAACAUUUAGUAGGUUAGAGCCUGAAGGAAAACUUGUGAUGGGAUUCAGAAAAGCAUCACCCUCUUCUCCAUCUUAUCAUGUCACUGAGGUUUCUACUCAUGAAGAACCUUCGAAGGGUAGUUUCGGAAAUAAAUCUAGAAAUCCAGAUGGGACAUGGGCAGAAGUUGAUAAAAUUGCUAAAAGGAAGAAGGGGGGAAAGAUGUGUUCAAAUAGCAAACAUGUUAAACCUAAUGAUGAAGAGAUGGUUCGAGUAAAUGUUACUUUAGAACAAGUUCAAGGAUUGUUGAGACCACCUCUUACUAAUUCCUCCACCAUUGUGGUUAUUGAGGGUGUUGAAUUUGAGGAUUUUCAGGAGGAUCCGAUUAUAGGGAGUCCUACAAACUUUUCAACAAUUACUCACGCAUCUUGUAACAAAAGGGAAUUAGAAAACCAAGGACUUGAUGCGCUUGCUAAUUUAGCAAUCCAAGAUGGCAAGCCUACAAAGUCGCCAAGUGGCACCAAUCACAAAUCAGUUUUUGUACACCAUGGAGAUGAGAAACAUUUAGAGAAAGAAGUAGGGAAUGUGGGACAGAAUCCAAAUGAGUUGAUGUAUGCUGACAUUAUUCGGUGGUGGUGGUUAGGUGGAAGCUAUUUUUGUCAAGUGGCUCAUAUUGUUGAUGAUUUGAUAAUACAACUAAGAGGGAGUAACCAUGGACCCAAGAUCAAAAUUUAUGUGAGUGCAAUUAUUUGA